GAAGGCGACGGAGCGAGCCGCAGAGAGGAGUGGGGCUGCGCGGCUUGGCGCUCGGCUGGGGACUGAGCGUGCGAAGAGGGGACUCGCUGGCCACACGACAGGGGGCCGAGACAGGAAUAAAGACGGCGACAGCGCACACGACUGGAGGUAGCGUAGGGCGACAAGGCCAGGGCUUUAAGGCUCGGUCGGGGUGGCGGUGGGGAGAAGUAAACGAAGGUGAAGGUAGGAAACUACACUUCCCAGAAGGCUCUGGGCUUCCCGGGCCGCUCAGCCUGAUGGGACGGGUAGUUUUGCGCAUAGCUCCACCAAGACGCCUGGGGGUGAAGUUCGCAUCUACGGCGUGAGAGCUCCGGAGCCGGAGACAUGGAGCUGGAACAGAGAGAGGGGACUAUGGCAGCAGUGGGCUUUGAGGAAUUCUCAGCUCCACCAGGCUCCGAGCUGGCUCUGCCUCCCCUGUUUGGCGGCCACAUCCUGGAGAGUGAGCUGGAGACGGAAGUGGAGUUCGUGUCUGGUGGUCUGGGCGGUUCAGGACUCCGGGAGCGGGAUGAAGAGGAGGAAGCAGCUCGGGGUCGGCGACGACGCCAGCGGGAACUGAACAGAAGAAAGUACCAGGCGCUCGGUCGGCGCUGCCGGGAGAUCGAGCAGGUGAACGAGCGGGUCUUGAACAGACUUCAUCAGGUUCAAAGGAUAACCCGGAGACUGCAGCAGGAGCGCAGGUUUCUCAUGCGGGUGCUGGACUCCUAUGGUGAUGACUACCGGGCCAGCCAGCUUACCAUUGUGUUGGAGGACGAUGGCAGCCAGGGCACAGAUGCCCCCACACCAGGUAAUGUUGAGAAUGAACCUCCAGAGAAAGACGGGCUGUCUCCACCCCAAAGAACACCUGUACCCCCAGAACCCAGCAGCCCAGCUCCUGGUGAGGGACCCAGUGGGAGGAAGAGGCGGCGGGCACCACGAGACGGAUGCCGGACAGGAGCUGUGCUGACUCCAGAGCUGGCCCCAGUGCAGAUUAAGGUCGAGGAAGACUUUGGCUUUGAACCAGAUGAAGCCUUGGAUUCAAGUUGGGUUUCUCGAGGACCAGACAAAUUGCUACCCUACCCCACCCUAGCUAGCCCACCCUUUGACUGAUUCCCCCACCUAAUAAAAUGACCUCCAUCCCA